AUGUGGAAUGAAGCUGCGGGCAGGAUAGGUGAGAAAAUGCAGUUCAAGGACGCCGACGGCAAAGAGACGACCGUCAAGUUCCUGAAGAUGAACUGCGUGGAUUUCCAGGGGAAGUGCCAGGAGGAGCGAAUUCAGGCCUUUCCGACCAUUCGCCUCUACAAACGAGAUGCGACUUUCGAGCAGUUUCAGAACAAGAGAAGCGUCGAGAACAUCAUCGAGUUCCUGACGAACACAAUCAGGAAUAGCCACCUCAUGAUUGCGCAGCACCAUGCCAUGUUCGAGCAGGGCUGCCAGGUCCAGGGCAAGCUCUACGUGGCCCGAGUGCCGGGCCACUUCAGCCUACAGGCAGAAGCCCAUGGUGACGUGAACGUGAACCCAGCGCUCACGAAUGCCCGGGACCUAAAGUUAGCCUUGACUCGGGCAAGCAUCGGCCGCGAAUUUAGCUUCCAGGAUUGA